UAGUAGAAACUAUUACCGACCCGCAACUAACCGCUAACGCUACUAGCGAAGCGGAAAAAAUCAGCAAUAUCGAACACGCCCGUAAGAUUCUAACGGUGUUGGAAACGGUGCGAACUCUCCCAGCUACCGAGUCAGAAAACCAGCAUCCCGAGCAGCAAGCCAAACUAGACCAAUUAAUUAAGCAAUUACAAGCUUAUCAACAAGAAAACGCCGUAGUUUACCAAAUAGUCGAUUCCCACGGUCAGCAAAUUAGUCAGGUGCUAAAGUAUUUGGAAAGUUUACGAACUACCCAACCUACUCAGCCCACUACUACUUGGUGA